AAUCAAAAGGCAUCAGAUACUUCCUCGGCUUCCACCGGAGUUGAUGCUCCUUUGCGAUGCUGCUGUUCUCGACGGAGGAUAAUUGACAGAAGCAUGAGAAACCUGAAGCAGAUUUUUUUUGUUUAAAGACAGUAGUGCUUGAAUUUUCCCUCACUUUGAUAUUCUGGAAUAUCAAAGGUCUUGCAUGUAAACACAGAAGAUCAAUAAUUAGUGGACAGUGGAAGGCCAACGUCUUAUUCAGAUUCCAGAAGACAUGGCUCUGACAGCUGAAACGGAAUCUCGGAUUUACCACUCUCUCAGGACUGUCUUUGGUGCAACCGCACACCUGGUUUCUCUUGGAUUCACCAUUGUUAUGGUGGUACUCACCAGACCUGGAUCAAGUUUGUUCUCCUGGCAUCCUUUCUUAAUGUCUCUUGCGUUUUCCUUCCUGAUGACAGAGGCCCUGCUGACUUUCUCUCCAGAGAGCUCCCUCCUCCGGUCCUUCUCCCGCAAGGCCAAGGUCCGCUUCCAUUGGGCUUUACAGCUGCUUGCUCUCAUCUGUGCAUUGCUGGGAUUGACCAUUAUCAGCUAUAACAAGUACCUCAAUGGGAAAGAGCACUUUGUCACCUGGCACGGCCAGACUGGCUUGCUGACAGUGGUAUAUGCUAGCCUGCAGUGCAUGGGUGGGCUCGCCCUGCUCUAUCCCAAACUGAUGAAGAACUGGACCCUUACCAAACUGAAACUGUACCAUGCCACAUCAGGGCUGAUUGGGUAUCUUCUUGGUUGUGCCAGCUUGAUGCUGGGCAUGUGUUCCCUGUGGUUUUCCACAACUGUGACUGGAAUCUCCUGGUAUCUAAUGGUGCUGUGCCCUAUUCUCACCAGUUUGGUUAUCAUGAACCAAGUGAGCAAUGCUUAUCUCUACCGUAAAAGAAUCCAGCCUUGAAAACAGUCUUAAAACAAGACAUGUGUGUGUGAUCCCAGAGGCAUUUCUGCAUUAUCUGGAAGGAAUCCAUAGCUAUAUACAGGAGUACUGGAACUCAAGAAUCUCUUUCUACCUGCCUCUAACUUUGUACGGAUUUUUUUUUAUUGCUUCAAUUUUUCCAUAGCAGAGAUCCCUAUGCUGUUGAACAAAGUUUCUUGCAAUCCCAUUGCUAGAACUAUAAUAAUUAUUAGUAUUGUAUAAGAGCCCAACUUUGCUCUACUGGUACUCCUUCACCCCUGAAUGAAAUCAGUGGUUUAAAUUAUUCUUGAUUGGCCAGGUGCAUCUAUGAUUGUAAAUCUAACUUGCUGUAACUUCUCUUCGAGAUUAGUGCUCAGUUCUAAGGCAUGGGCAUUUUUAAACUUCCUCUUUGAAAGGAUGGCUUUUAUUCAAUGUAUUCAGUUUUUGUUUGCAUUGAUGGUCAAUUCUUCCUCUUUUUUUUAAAGUCACAUGAUAUGUGAGGGUACAGCAUAUCCAGCUAUAUUAGCUAAAUCGUAUGUGCUGAUCAAGGGCUAAUAAUACAUUUUACAUUUUUUUAAAAAAUAGAAUUGUUUUGUGCAGAUGGAAAAUGUGAAGAAAAAAACUUCAGAAAAUGAAUAUUCCUUUACCUGUUGUUUUUCUUACUCAAGCCUAUCAGUCCUGCUCCCAAAUACUGUCAUCUCCUGAAGGAGUUCAAAUGCAUGUUAACCUGUAAGAUAGAGACAGCUCUUCAGCAUAAAAGGUAUCACUUAAAAUCAAUGUCCCCCUAUUCCCUAGAUACAUUGGGAUUAUUGUAACUCUAUUCCCAACCAAUAUUCUGACUUUCUGCUCUGCAAUUAAAAGAUGCGGAGCUGUAAAAAGGCACUUUAAUUUAAAGCAGAAAACAGGAACAUACAUUCCUGGAUCCCUGCCAGAAUUUUAAUUAUAGUCAACCAUUUCAUGUUAUUAGCCCUGGUUUAAUGGCAUAAUAGGAAGGUUAGCAGAGCAUAACAGUGAGGUGCUUACUUUGAUAACCCUUUAAUAAGUUUUCAAAAGAUGUGUCCCGUGAAAGCAUAUGGUAUCCUUAUCCAGGAGCAAGUAACCCAUGAGAACCUAGAUUAUUCUUGAUGUGGCCAUGUACAUCUAUAAUUAUAAAUUGUAAUGCCACUAGAAUUUUAUAGACAAAAGAUGUAACCAGGAAGAUUUAACUUCCAACUUUAAUAUUUUAAGUUGUGUGGACUUCAGCUCCCAGAAUACAUCAGCUGAGAAUGCUGGCUAGAACAUUCUGGGACUCAAAUCCCCACAUCUUAAAAUGGCUAGGGUUGGAAACACCAGUCUAAUGGCAAGGAAAUAAGCACAAACUAUUUUUAGAAAGAUGAGAAAAUGCAGGGUAAAGAAUACUAUUUUAUCCCUAUUAUUAUAAAAAAAAUGUUGAAGCCACCCAGAGUUUUGAAUGACUUUCACAAUGCACAUUUGAUUAUCUGUCUUUCCCUACCAAUAGUUAAUAGGGAGUAUCUAAUUUCUCUUCUCCUGCUUGGCAGCUCGUGUCUUGUAAUCUCUCGUAUUUCUUCUCUAACCUUCUUUCAACUUAUCUUGUUUUUCCUUGUUAUGUACUAUUAUAAAGGCUGAAUGCUGAUUCUUAAAAAUACACUUAAUAGACUUAAUAAAGCUUGUAUCCCACAUAUGAAGGAGAGACAUGACAAAUAUUCAAGGGGCUAUGAAUCCAAAGAGAUGUGCAAAAGAUUGGGAAAUAGAACUGUUUCAAUCUCUCUCAACACUUUAUAGUACAGCUUCGGAUAUGAACUUGUGUAAAAUGAGUUGAAUCUGUCUCUUGGCAGUAUGCAUUGAAUUUAGAGGUGAUUAGAUGACAGCUUUGGCAGCCAUGAAAUUUCAAAGCAUGCUGGCUAAGUUAAAGCUAAAGUACUAUAUUUUGGUUUUUGUUUUGUCUUAAAUUUAUGUUAAUUAAACCAUUAUGGCAUUUUAUGAACCAGACCACCAUAGUUUAUUCUACAAGCCAUGGUUAAAAUUUAAAAGAAGCCAAAGUUUAGCAGGAUGGAUGAACCCAUCCCAUAGCAUUAGCAUAAUGGCUAACCAAGUGUGCUGCUUCAGGUUUCUUUUUAAUUUCUUUUUAAAACAACAAAAGGCAAGAACUCUCCUAACUCCUGAAAUUCUUUCUCAUAUUGUAUUAUAUAGUAUCCUGUUCUCUAAAGUGGGAACUUAUGGCAAAUUGAUGGUAGCUUGGAGUGAUGGGAACUAUAGUCCCAAAACUCAUGAGGAAACUAGUUGGAGGAUCUGUCACAAGUGAAUGAAACCUCAUCUUUUAGACUUGUAAAGGAAAAAAGGCUUAGCUUCUGCUCAUUAAAUCAGGCAAAUUAUUCUUGGUUUUGACUCAAACUUUUCAAUAUCUGAGUAGUACUAAAUAGUUUGAUCCUGCAAUUACAGGCAGAAAGGCAUUGACAAAGAAAUCCUCUCAUUUCUCAAGACUUGGAAUUGUUUCAUAUGCACAGUUCUUUAAAAAAAGAUAUAUCAUGCAAACAGAGCUCCAGAAAAGUUCAAUGUGAUUAAAUACAUGUGCAUAAUCAGCAUUUUCAUUCAUCUUUAAUUCUUACAUUAAAGCACUUCUCAAGCAUGCUGAGGUUCUUAAAGAACUUAGAAAAAGAUUAUGCUUUUUCUGUUUGCUUUUCCGAAAUGGGGAAGAAAUCUAAAUGCUUUUGUUUUUUUAUCUUGGCUAUCCGCAACAAUUGACCUCCCAUAAUACGUUUUGUUUGUUAACAAACAUUUAGUUAAUGUUUGUUAAAACAAUUUCGGUAACUGCUUAUGUUACUUCCAGGAUCUCCUUAAAUAAAUAUAUCUUUGUAUUCUACUAUUCAGAAAGGAUAACACCUGCUUUCCAAAGUGGGAGAAAAAUAAUCACAGAAAAGCUUCUUUAAUGGGGAAAUAAUAUUGUGUCACAGAGGAACUGUUAGUACUGAUGUAUUUAAAGACACUCAUGUUGCAGUCAAUGAAACAGACUAACUUAAGUUCUGUAGUUUUCAAAGACAGAUGGCCACAGGUAACUUUAGUUACAAUGUAGGCUUUGAUUGCAUUCUCCUCCGGUCCUAUUUUUAAAUUUAAUUCAGUUUUCUUUUGCAAAGGCAAGAAUAAAGAUUAAUGAUCUUGUUAAGAUAUUUACCACAUGACAUUGUGUAAUGAGUAUGAGAUAUGCUCUUUUCAAGCAACACCUAAAUGCCUGCAUUUCCAGUGGUUUAUAGUUUAGGUAUCUGUAGUUGCUACUUGUGUUCCAACAUAUAUUUUGCCAUACAGUAUUAUAAUUAAAAAAACAUACACUAGGCUUAAAAAGUUUGUAUUUGCACUGAAGAAGGCAUAGGGAAGAUUAAUCAUCUCAUAGAUACCAAAAUGAACAGUUUAUAACUGGUUCUAAUGCUACUUUUUUGCCCAGUGUUUACUCAUUAAACCAGUCAAGUAAUGACUGCUACCUUGGUAAGAGGGAACAGAGGUAAUAUUUGUUAUCUGAAAACAUCAAAAACAAAAUAUAUGCCACCAAACUGUGUAGCAAAUGAACCUACCACUGAAACUUGGGAGUGGGGAAAAGAAGCUUGUAAUUAUCAGCGCUGAAAUAAAGAUUUUUUUAAAAAUGCAGCAACUGUGACAUACUGCUUGUUUUUGCUUCCUUCAGAUAAUUUUGAAUUAUUCAGGCAGGCAGAAAUUAUUGGAAUGAUAGCUUCAUAUUUUGUGAAAGUGUAACAACCUCAGAUAUUUCUAUUAACCUUAUUCCCUUUCAUUAAGAUUUCUGCCUGUGUUUCAAGCGAACAUUACUCAUUAUGGCCACAAUAUUUUAAGAAAAACUUGAGUUAUUUUCAAGUCAUUGAGCAAUAAUUUAAUACAGCAGCCAGAUUAGCUAUGACUAGAAUUAGAAUCUGUUAUUAGAGCCUGUGCAUGAAUUCAUAUAUUAUGUUCUGACCCAGCCUUCACAAGAAAUGAGAAACUGCUUACUCACAAGUAACACAAACCUCUUUUUAUUUAAGUCAGGGCAGGAACAGUUUUGUUCACAUUGGCUGAGGCAAAUUCACUCCCUAUUAUUUCUCAGCAGAGAGAUUCCAUUGGCACUUCAAAUAUAGAACAAUUAGUCCCAACAAACCUGGUUCUGGCAAAGGAAUCCGACAUGAUUGAUGUACGUUGGAAAUGAAUGGUUGUCUGUGACAACCUGCCACUCCCAAACUUCUACUAUUUAUUUUCCAACCAGAGGGGCUGUCUAGCAUCUAGGUCUUCUUUUCCCUGAGAGCCAGCUUAUUGCUUUCCAUUGCUAUCCUCCCCUCGCAUACAUGCAUCUGGGAUGGGCCCACCUGUUCAUUCUCCUCACUCAGCUCCAGAAUACAACUGCCUCUCUAACUGCAGGAGAACAGAAGGCCCUGGCUUUCAAGAUAAUUGUGGAUAUUGACAGUGAACUGGGUGUGGUUGGAGAUGGAAAGAGUGGAACAUGGAAAGGGAAGAUAGAUGGAAAGGCACUCUACUCCAGAUCUCAAGAUAUAGAAGAAGAAAAAAGAGAAGAAUUGAUUGAUUUAAGGAGAGAAACUUUCACAAAAGCACUACUGUUAACCAAAGAUAAGCUGAUUAAAGAAGCUGAUGGAGGGUCUCGAGAUUUUACAAGAUAUGUAACAAGCAACAAGUUGCAAAGAGAAGUCCACACAAAUUUGAUUAAGGAAAUAACCAGAAGACUAAUUCCACAAAUGGCAAAAGAAAUAGGACUACACUAUUACUGGAAAGACACUGGUUGAGAUAUGAAAACCAAUAACAAAACACUAGUUAAAGUUAGCUAAAAUUAAGAGCAUUAUGUUAAAAAUGAAGUGAUAAUGGAUAAAGUUAGAUAAAUAAUUGAUAAUGA